AGCUGCGAUUGUCUAUCGAGCUCAUUUACAGCAUGAAAACAAAUUCGUGCCCCGAGCCAUUUCACCAAUAUUUGUAUUCAAUUCUACAUCGGAGUAACCUUGAGCAUUAUAAUAAUUAUGGUUCAGCUGAUAAUGUGACGAAAACAUCGCAUCGUGUGCAAGAAAACGAACUGCCAUCACUGACCUUUACUUUCAACGUGCACCCGCACAGCAAUUCAAUCUCAGAGAUUCUCCCCAAUGAAUUUGGGGAGCCUCUAGGGUGGCGGGCGUGUGUGUUCAUUCAAUGAAUGAAAGAAUUGCGCGCCUGUAAAAUUCUCUCGCGCGCCACUAUCUGGUUGUAUGUAAGACCGGUAAGACGCCCCAUUGGUGCCGGUCUCACAUGAAAGCGUCCGCUCUUUGAUUCAUCACUUCUCGCACUGUGCUGAUGUGCUCCCACGACGACGCGACGCCCCAGCAGCGCAGCACGCGGUGGAUCCUCAUUCAUCUCGAAAUGACGACAGAGCCACGGGGAGCUGGGGACAAUGACGGUGGGAGGACACAACGAUUUUAGUAAACAACGCCAACCACCCCUGUCUGCCAUCGCAUCGGUCGUCGCGAUGCUCAUCAACCAUCAUCGAGUGAGCGUCGCUUAGUGCACCAACGCUUCUUAGCUAGCUGUUUGUUGGGUUGGUUGGGAUUGGGAUUGCCAUCCGUCGACAGACGCUAGUUUAGUCAGUCAUCGUUUGGUGCCGAAGCCGACCGGUCGUAUAGUUCAGUUCGUUCGUUGAAUAAUCGCGCGUUGAAAUUGGCGUUUGGUGCUGUGAGGAUCAGUAGACACAUGCCAGGACACAGUGCCGCGUGUGCCAAACUGACUGUGUAGGCACAUUUUGCUUAGUGGUUUAUUGCUUUCAAUGCAUCGGAAUGUUAUCUAUGAAUGGAUUGUGAUAGUAAAUAUGAUGAUUUGUUGGAAUAUAGUAUUGAAGUAAUCAUCCCGUCAUCGUAAUGAAGUGAAGAAAUGCUCAUCAAUUAGGCUGUAAAGCGUUGCUGUGAAGAAGUUUGAAAUGUUACAAACAGUGUUAAUUGUGAUACAAAGUGGUACAAAAAGAAGCCAACCAUGCAUUACGUGUUGUCCCAUAGUAGCAAUAAGUGUGAAUCCCUGAUACCGAAAAGUGUAGUGUGCUAAGUCCUAAUUAAAAAUCAAAUCAUGCUCAAGUCGAAACGUGCGUUGGUGCUAUCAGUGAUAUCAUUGCUCAGCUCGUUGAUCUGUUCAGUUCAAAGCGAAAACCGUACCUCAACUACAAGAAGCUCCAACAAUGCGGACAGCAGUCAUUACAAGUACAACCAUUCUUCAAUCUUCAAUAACAUCAGCCGAAGUGGCAACAGUGGCAGCAAUGCCAUCGAGCAUAAUAAUCCCAUUGCGACAAAUGACCUCCACAGCAGAAAUCCUCCAGUUUCGGAUUCAUCCAACGAUAAGACUGCCUACCAGUACGCAAUAAAUGACAACGAUUCCAGCGAAGCGCCCACCAUUGCGUCCCAUCCACACUUCAGUACCCCAUUGUCAGUCGAGCAUGGCCCCAACGUGGCAAACUCCGUCUUCAACGGUGGAGCUCCGGAAGGUUCUCGACCCGACACCAGACUAUCAUCAUAUCAUAAGAAGACUGCUGUGCGGUCUGUAUCCACCGAGCCCAAUCACCAGCAACCGCACCUUAAAUUCGCAAUUCUUCUGCCCGAGCACGGCCGAAGCCGAGAUUCUCGCAUCCUGUCGACGGUGCGACCCGUCAUCGAGAUGGCCACCAACCUGGUCACCGGUCCGGAUGGCGUUCUGCACAACUUGAAAAUCGAAAUCGACUACCGGGACACGCAAUGUUCGUCGACCUACGGGGCACUCGGGGCGUUCGACAUUUUGCUAAAACGAAAACCAGACGUCUUCCUCGGGCCGAUUUGCGAUUACGUGAUUGCCCCGAUCGCGCGGUACAACGCGGUCUGGGGCAUCCCGAUACUGACCACCGGAGGCCUGGCGGAUGCAUUCACCAUCAAGUCGCAGAACUACCCGACGCUGACUCGGAUGAUGGGCAGCUACAGCGAUCCGGGCCUGGCGCUGCGGGAAAUGUACCGUCACUUCAACUGGACCAUCCAGGCCUUCAUCUACCAUGACAACGACGAGAAGCGCGGCAUGGGCCACUCGGACUGCUCGAUGGCAAUACUGUCCAUCUUUCGGGUUCUCAACACGACGGAGUACUUUUCGCACAGUUUCGACGAAACCGAAACCGAUUACAAGGGAUACUUGCGGAUACUGGAGGAAACCAAGCGGAAAGCAAGAAGUAAGUGCUUUUUCAAGUUUCUAUUUCAGUUUUCAGUUGAAUGUUUGGCCCUCGCACAAAGUGAUUAAUUGCCAAUUAAACGGUAUCCGAACGGUUUAAUCCGGGGCUGAUGGUGGCGACAAAAUGGGAUGAUUGUUUCCGUGAAAUGCGAAAAUCAUCACAGAACGCAAUCUAUCGUCACUCAAUAUAAGCUGAUUGACGUUAGCCGUCGCCGGAUGGAAAUUUCUAUUCCGGUGAAGCGUUCUGCGGAUUAGCGGAGAUUAUCCGCUGUGGAAAAUAGAGUCAAUUUCAAUGGAUCAUUUUCCAGACUUCCCAUGUACUCGUCAAAGCGUUUAUUUCUUUCA